AUGGAUGAUACGAGCCUUGAGGAUGUUGCACGACAACUGUCCGAUCUCGAAGUGGCUCUCUUCCUGUGUCUCGCCGCCCGUGAACAUUGCCUGAUUGAGACUACGGGCGACUCUGUUCAUGACCUUGGCAAAGAACUUGCGCUGAUUUGCGCUAAUACAUUUAAUCUGUCAUACUCCAUUGUCGACUGUGGCUCCGAGACUUCCAUCGAGGACAUUUACAAUGAGAUCCUCACUGCGAACGCUCGCAAAACCCAGGCCCGCCCAUCAUACUCUCGAGCGAAAACUGAAUCAGUAGGGUCCAGUAUUAUUUCGUCCUACAUUGGUGGGCAUCGGGACGGCAACAAGUCUCCGAUCCCGGGUAUGGUAGCUGACGAACCAAACGUGGUCAACGUUAUCAUUGCCAAAGACUUCAACUUGACGAGCGAAGACUUUCAAGCUCAAGCAUUGCAGUUAAUGCGGACCAAGCAAUUAGUGACAGAAAUCAGCAUCCUCCAUGCACCUGCAGAUUUCUUAUUCGUGCCUGUCGUAGCGCGGGACUCUGCUGAGCUGCAACCACCACUAAAGACACAUCUGCGUGACCAGUUGUUCAUCUCACAUUUCCAUGAGCCUGACGAUGGGUUCCUUUAUCUUGAAGAGAACGAUUGGCUUUCCGACGGCCAACUUUCUGCAUCUUCUGUUAUUCACACCCCAAAGUACACCCAGAAGACAAGUCCAAAGGUCAACUGCAUGGUGAUAGAAAAAUUAUGCGAAGCCAGCAAGUCGGUCACUAUGAACGCUGAAGUGGUUCGUUAUAUCCAGGAUAUUGUUGUGUUCUUGCGUCUCAGUCGCGCAGUUGCUGGUGGGGUAUCUGCAAGGGCGAACAAUCAAUUCGCCCGGCUUGCGCAAUUCCUGACACCACUGCAUGGCAUCGAUUACCUCACACCUUCAAUUGUGGUUUUGGCCGCGAGAAAGGUUUUCCGUCAUCGUAUUGUUGUUGCCUCGCCUGAUGAUGAUCGAAGUCUCCAAUAUGGAAGCGACCUCGUCACCGUGUCUCGUGUACUAGCGGACGUGACACCGGAUUCAAUUCUGGAUGGCGUCCUCGAGUUAGAACCACCGAUAUAA